UUUGCAGUGAAAUGUUUGCAGAAUGAGGAACUUCACCUUGAUAACAGCUUUACUUCUCUGCAGCCUCAGCUGGAUCUCUGUCUCAGCUUCUGAGUCUCACACUGUGGAGGUCCAGUCUGGUGGAGGCGUCACUCUGAUGUGUGAUGGAUUUCAAAAUGGAUUUGAGAUGAGCUCCAACAUCUUUCUUAAAAUCAAGAGAGAGAAUUCCUCUGACUCUGGACUGUAUGUCUGUGGAUGUAUCCAAAGCAACCAUAUAGUCCAAGAGGAGUCUGCUGGAAAGACAAACGUCAUGAGUGUGAUCCUGACUGUUCUGACGGCUGGAUCUCUGUCCCAGCUUCUGAGUCUCACACUGUGGAGGUCCAGUCUGGUGGAGGCGCCCUCUGAUGUAGAGAGAAUUCCUCUCGACUCUGGACUGUAUGUCUGUGGAUGUAUCCAAAGCAACCAUAUAGUCCAAGAGGACUCUGCUGGAAAGACAAACGUCAUGAGUGUGAUCCUGACUGUUCUGACUGUUUUCCUCACUAUAGUCAUCAUUGUUCUGACUGUUAAAAUCAGGAAACUUCAGACAGCUGUGAAUGAAGAACAGCAGCCAGAAAGAAACGAGGAUCUGGGCUCAGAUGAACUGAACUACGCAGCUCUAAAUUUCCAGGCAAAACCCAAAAGAAGCCGCAGGCCUGCAUCAGAGAGAGAGAUGGAGACACAUGUUGUGUAUGCUGCCACCAGAUAGACUCAGGAAACAUCUGGAACUGCAGCUCAGACUGGAACCAAUGCUUCAUUAUGUUAAUCUGCUGAUGUGUUUUUGUGUGUGGAUAAUGUGUGGGAGGAGUCUACUGACAAAAAAAUAAAUUUAGAAUGUUUCUGUCGGUCA